UAGGAGGUGUUCGGUAGUUGUUUUUAUUGUUGAACUAUGUAAGAUUAUUAAAAAAACAGUGAAAUAAUUUUCUUGUGCAUAGUGAAGUUAAUCCUCAACUAUCGUACGACUAUUUCAUAUUGAAAAUUAUAUAUCAUCAUUGGAAAUGAUUAGUUUCCUUAUACGUGAUUUUUAGUGUGUCAAUCAUGGCCGCCCGAAAAAAUUGACGAACAAUAUUAUGAAAUAUAUUAUUAUAAUGUAAAUCAUUGUAUUUUGAUAUACCAUUGAUUCGUUGUAAGUAAAAAUCGAUAUAAUAAUAAAAUGGCUGAACCAAAUUUUCCGAGAAUUCCAAACAUUAUGGUUUUCCGUCCUACCUGGGAGGAAUUUAAGGACUUUUCUAAAUAUAUUCAGCACAUGGAAUCAAAAAUGGCUCACAAGGCUGGAUUGGCAAAAGUUAUUCCUCCUCCAGAAUGGGUGCCCCGCAAGUCUGGAUACAAUGUUGAAGAUCUAAAUGUAACUAUUCCUGCCCCAAUUUGUCAAGUAGUCACUGGUAAACAAGGACUGUAUCAACAAAUUAAUAUUCAAAAGAAAUCAAUGACUGUAAAGCAGUACCAAGAGCUGGCUAAUUCAGAACGUUAUGCUACUCCAAGACAUUUUGAUUACGAGGAUUUGGAAAGAAAAUAUUGGAAAAAUAUUACUUAUGUUGCUCCUAUCUAUGGUGCUGAUGUUUCUGGUAGUCUGACUGAUGAUAAUGUUAAUGAGUGGAAUAUAAACAGAUUGGGUACCAUACUGGAUUAUGUUAAUGAAGAUUAUGGCAUUUCAAUUGAAGGCGUUAACACUGCUUACUUGUAUUUUGGUAUGUGGAAAACUACAUUUGCCUGGCAUACUGAAGAUAUGGAUCUCUACUCGAUAAAUUAUCUACAUUUUGGAGCACCAAAGACUUGGUAUUCCAUUCCACCAGAACAUGGCAGAAGAUUAGAAAGACUUGCAAAUGGAUUUUUCCCAAGUUCCUACAAGACCUGUCAGGCUUUUUUGCGGCACAAAAUGACAUUGAUCUCUCCCCAAAUUUUAAAGCAGUAUUCAAUUCCUUACAACAAGAUAACCCAAGAGGCUGGUGAGAUCAUGAUAACUUUUCCCUAUGGUUAUCAUGCAGGAUUUAACCAUGGUUUCAAUUGCGCCGAAUCUACCAAUUUUGCACAAGAACGUUGGAUAGAAUAUGGAAAGCGUGCUUCACAGUGUACUUGCAGUAAGGAUAUGGUCAAAAUUUCUAUGGAUACAUUUGUUAAACGAUUUCAGCCACACAGAUAUGAGAUGUGGCUAAAAGGUGAAGACAUUGGUCCUCAUCCAGAGGAACCCGAUAAGAAAGUGGCUGCACCACUGCCUCUUCCUCAGGACAUUCUGUGUAAUAAGAAUAAUCCCUCUUUGCCGCAGACUUACCUAGAGAAUCAGAAAGGAAGCUCGAAGAAGGGAAGAAUGAUGUCCACUUUUAAUCCUAUGGCUGAAUUCCCGCCAGCCCUGCAAUUGGAAUUGAUGGAAGAAGAUAACAUGGGAUUUGCAGGCGAUGAACUACCACCUGACGAGCAGCAGUUGGAGGUUCUGGAGGAUAUUUGGCUGAAAGCUGGUGAAAUAGAAGCAGAAGACGCAUCAGUAUGCGAUGCCGGUUAUAACGUUAAGAAGGGACGUCGGUUCCAGAAGAAAGUUCGUCGUGGUAGGAAGAAGUUAGAAGAUCCCUCCUGGCAGCCAGUGAAGAAAGAGGAUGAUAUAACAAGCAGUGAACUUACGGGAUUGUUUGCACCCUGCGACAGCAAGGAUAAAAAGGUUUGUGGCAAAAUUGUGAAACCCAUCAAGGAUCAAAUGGAUACUUCGGAGUUAGUAAAGACUCUUCUACAACAAGAAACUGAAUUGCUGAUGAAUCAAAGGAAGAAACACAAGCACAAAGAUAAAGAAAGGAAGGACAAGGAUCAUCAGCACAAGAAACAUAAAAAACAUAAACAUGAAGUUCAGCCAGGAACUACUACUAUUACUGGUGAUCCUAUUAUACAACCGUUAGUGAAAUUUGAAGAGCACAAAGCAGAUACACAGGAAUCUACAUUUGGAGAGGCAAUGGGUAAUUCUGAAGAUAGACAAAAAACUGGUAAAAAUAUCGAAGAUAUUAUUCGUGAGGCAGCUGAAGAACAUGCAAACAACCUUCUUAAAGAAACUCCUAUUCAAAUUCCACUACAGUCUAUUCAAACUCCACCACAGCCCAUUCAAACUCAACCACAGUCCAUUCAAAUACCACCACAGUCCAUUCAAAUACCACCACAGUCCAUUCAAAUACCACCACAGUCAAUUCAAACACCAGCACAGUUCAUUCAAACACCAGCACAGUCCAUUCAAACACCACAGCCAGUAGCUUCGAGCUCACAAACUCAUGAACCUAGUGCAGAAGUCAUCACGAAUAGCCCUCCAACUUCCAGUUUCAAGAAGGACUUCCUGAAAACUUAUAGGAAACCUAAACAGGUGCCAAUGGUUCUACCUACUAAGAUAGAAACUAUAAAAACAUCAAAAGGCGUUAUAACUGUUGUAGAACCGGAGCCUUUAAUUGCUAAACCAAUACCAAAGAAUGUAGCGACUUACGUGACGGCUUCAGAACCCAAACCAGUUGCUGCCAAACCGGCGUUUGCCCCUAAUAAGUUUGAAGUCGCUUUCUUAGAUUUUUUGAAAAAGCAGAGUGUUCCAGAGCCGAACAAACCUAAGAAAACUAUUAACAGAACACCUAAAAAUAGUUCUAAUAAAAGUGCAAAAGUGGACGAUAAACCAUUACCUACAAAUAUUUCAAAGACAAUAUCGUCACUUCCAAAAGACAUUAGGAUAAUUCCGAAAAAUGGACAUGCGACAGCUUCAAGCAAACUAAAUACAAAUACAGCCCAGAAUAUUUCAACUGCGCAGGUUUCUACACUUGAAAGUCAGCAACCUUUAGUCAGUGCACCAAAACCAUUAGUGGUAGAGGCACAGCAAGUUGCUACUACCAAACAAGUUUCCGUAACUAAUAGUAACCAAGUUUUAUUAGCUUCGCUACAACAAAAUUUUUCACAAGAGACAAUUCAACCAAACACCAGGGUUCAAGAACCUUCACCACGACCGAAUGUUCAAUGUACAAUAACAAACACUCAACAGAACAAUUCCUGGACUAGCGUUUCGCUAAAUGGAACACAACAGAAGAAAUCCACGGACCAACUUGUGCCAGUUCGGCAGGUAAAUGACCAAAACAACCAGUCAACAUCACAACCGCCCCAAUUAACGUCACAUACGCCUCAAGCAACGUCACACGCGCCUCAAGCAACGUCACACGCGCCUCAAGUAACGACACAUACAUCUCAGCUGCUGGGGACUAUACAACAAAUACUAGUAAGUCGAUCUCAGUCAGCAGAAGCUUCUGGACGCGUCGUAAUUAAUCAUAUCGAACCGUUGAAGACAAUUCCAGUGACUACUGAGGUAGCAUCAGUGAAAAAUAUUCUUUUAAAUCGCCUCGUCAAUACUGAAGUUACUCCCGUUAUAAUUCAAGUCGCUCAAGUUCCGCAAACUGCGGCAGUACCUGCGAUGGUGUCGACAAAUUUUAUUCCCGCAGCACCUAUAGAGCCAACCAGUCAAUCUUUAGUACUGCAGUCGGACAUCUCAGGUUCUGAGGUUGUUUUGCAGCCCAUGCACAACAUGGAGAUCCCUACCGACACCACUAUAAUGAAGAUGCCAGAGUUGACAGUUCCAGGACCGGAACCAUACACCGAAUACGAGGAUAUGCCGAAGUUGGGAUCGCCAGCUGUUGCCACUAAAGUUAACCUUACCGAAAUCGACAGGCGACAAGAAGCCGUUAAGGGUUUACUAGAUAUGUACUCUGUGAGUAUAGAAAAGACUGCAGCCCCAGUAAUAGAAAAAGAGAGUAUUCCUACCAAAAAGUACAAACCAAAUAACAUUUGGAUGAAUCACAACUACUAUACCACGUAUAGCUGUACACAGACUAUUUAUGAUAACGAAGACCGGUUUUAUCCGAUGACGGAUGCUCCGAUACCAGUCGCUAGUAAUAGUAAAGUGAUAGUCGAGGCGCUUCCGCCUCUUAAUGAUAUUAUCGAGACGUCUUUGAGUGAGGAAUGUGGAACUACAGAUGAAGAUAAAAGUACAAAAUUGGGUGAUGGAUAUGUUAAGAAUAGAGUUAGUUCAUCUUCUGUAGAUUCUAUAAACAAUUUAAAUUCUUUUUUAUACGAAAGUAAAGAUAAAAAUAAAUCAGCGAAGGAGAGCAAUAAAGACAAAGAUUGUUCUGCAGUUGAAGGUAGUCCGAACUGUCCAAAAAAUGGAGAAAAAAUCGGGGAAACCGCAAAUAACGUAACUGCAGAAAUAGAGGAAAAAAAUAGUGAGCAAAACGUUGAGAGCACAACCGAUCCCCAGUCAGAUUGUAUUACUAAGAAAAGAAACAUAUUGUGUCAUUCCAGUGACAAUAAAAACGAACCAGAUGAUAUAAGUGACGCAGUGGCCGAUCUCGACAAAAAAACUACAGCUACUGACGUUACGACCUUUAUAGACUACAGUGAAGAAAUCAAAGAAAACGUUAUUAAAUCUAAAGAUAGUGCAAUUGAAAAAUUUAAGAACCAGGCAAAGCAGUCGUUCAAAAAAAGGAGACCUAACUUAAAAAAGAUUGUUCGAAUGUUCCAAAAUAACAAACGAACGGGGAUGAGGAAGCGGCAGGCCAAACGUAAACCGAGCACGUACCUGUCGAAGAUAAUGUUCGGCGUGAAAAAGAAGAGGAAACCCAAGAAGAACGAGCAGACGCAAUUUACGAUCGUAAGAAAUAUGUGCGGUAGCCUCAAGAAAAAAUUCAAAUUGGUUCCAUCCAAGAAGACACAGUUGAACAACGAAGGGCCGAGGGAACACCUCGACGACCAAAAAGCGAUGUUGACUCCUCGCGAGUGCUACGUGGAGGCUAAGGAUAUUUUUAGUGAUUUAAGUGUGGACAUUCAGCAUUACUUACAAUCCGGAUUGACGCUGUUCAAUGCUAGUUCUAUUCCGGUGGACGAAUGUGCAAGUUCGGCGUGCAGUAUACAGGCAAAUUUGAAGGGAGUGACAGGCAAUAAUGCAAGCAGAGAGAUGAAGUCUUUCAAAGAGGGAGAAAUAGUCUGGGCAAGACACAGAAACGGAAGAUACUACAAUGCCAAGGUUUUAGAGGCCAAAACGGAAACACGCCUUUGUGUCUUCUUUCCGAUAGACCAGAGUUUUUCCAAAGACAUCAGGCUGAGCGACGUCGUUGGAUUCGAAACAAUGACUUCUCCUAAGUUAGGCGAACGAAUACAGAUCCGUUGGGUGGACGGCAAAUCGUACGAUGCUGAUUAUUUGGGCAGAUUCGAAAAUACCACGUUUACGGUAUUAUUUGAAGAUGAAUCGAAAAGUUAUCUUCCACAAGAUUGUAUGUUUGGUUUAAGAGAACAAAAUGUCCCAAAGCGAAUACGAUCGAAAAUGUCUUACGCCAGCGCUAUGAGCCACCGAGAACAUCUGUACGAUUUAGAGCGACAAUUGCCGGAAAAAAGGCCCGUUAAACGGAAAGUAUUUAUUAAAGAAAAUUAGUUUUAGGAAUAAAGUAAAAAAAUUAAAAUUUUGUUUUGAAGACUGAAAUUCAACAUUAAAUAAAUACACUUUUUACAUACUUUUUCCGAAUCGUGGUGAAAGAGCUCUUAGAUAAAAAUAGUAGGUACAUUCUCAUUAAAGUUCUAGUUCUUUUAUAAUUAUGAUUUUAUUUAAUCGAUUUUAUUAUAAUAAUUGUCUUCAUGUAAGUGUGUGUGAUAAGAUAUUUAUUUUAUUUCGAAAUGUAAAUAUAUAAGAGAUUGUUCUUAGUUUAUCUUCAGUUUCUUGUAAAAAAUAAAUAAUUGUAUCAUAGUCUUGUCGGAAGUAUUAAACUGUUCUCACCGC